UCUCAAUCUAUAUCUCUAGAGUCUAGUCAAGUAUUUCUCACUCUAAAAAAGCUCUGUUUUUUCUCUGUUUUUUUUCUUUCUCUUCAUCCCAUGUAACUACUGCUGCUGCAUUAUACAGAGAAUCAAGAACAGAUUUAAGGACUACAAUCUCUGCUGCAUUUCAUCAGUUUCAUUCAUAUAGGUACAUUCGAAAUUCCAUCAAAACUUAUUGUUUCUUCCACACUUAAACAGAGUACUAUUUCCUUUGAUUUUUCUUGUUUGAAUCAACAAUGGAAGCUGCAGCAUCACCAAAUUUCUCAUUCCAUCAUGAUAAUAACACCCAACUUCUUCUUCUUCAAGAACAAUACCCAGUAGAAACAUCAUCAUCACCAUUAACAAAACCCAUCAAGAAAAGCUUUGUCAAGUCAUUAACUUCAUUUACUAGUACUCCAAGUCAUCAUUCUUCCUCAUCAUCUUCAUCUUUCAAAGAAGAUACUUACUUGGUUUCAAACCUAAAAUCAUCAGAACUCAAAUCCUUGAAUGAACUCAAACAGAAACUCAUCUCAUCAAACACUCAUGAACAUGGUGAUUUGUCAAUAUGGGGUGUUGAUUUACCAAGUGGUGAUGAAAGAGCUGAUGUGAUAUUGCUGAAGUUCUUAAGAGCUAGAGAUUUCAGAGUUCUUGAUUCAAUAACAAUGUUGGAGAAAUGUUUAUGCUGGAGAAAAGAAUUUGGUGCUGAUUCAGUUGUUGAUGAGAUCCUUGGAUUCAAAGAACUUGAAGGGUUGGUUGCUUAUAUGCAUGGUUAUGAUAAAUCAGGACAUCCUGUUUGUUACAAUGCUUAUGGUGUUUUCAAAGACAAAGAAAUGUAUGAGAGGAUUUUUGGUGAUGAUGAGAAAUUACAGAGGUUUCUGAGAUGGAGAGUUCAGGUAUUAGAAAGAGGGAUUAAGUUAUUGCAUUUUAAACCUGGUGGGAUUAAUUCAAUUAUUCAGGUGACUGAUCUUAAAGAUAUGCCGAAGAGGGAGCUCAGAGUUGCUUCUAAACAUAUUCUUUCAUUGUUUCAAGAUAAUUAUCCUGAAAUGGUUGCUCUUAAGGUGUUUAUCAAUGUGCCGUGGUACUUCAGUAUGAUAUAUUCAAUGUUUAGUCCUUUUCUUACUCAAAGGACUAAGAGCAAGUUUGUGAUUGCUAGAGAAGGAUAUGUUGCUGAAACUCUCUAUAAGUAUAUCAAGCCUGAAAACAUACCGGUUCAAUAUGGUGGACUGAGUCGACCAGGUGAUUUUCAGAAUGGUUCACCUGUACCAGCAACUGAGUUUACUGUUAAAGGUGGUGAGAAAGUUAACUUGGAGAUUGAAGGAAUUGAGGGUGGUGCAACCAUUACAUGGGAUGUAGUGGUGGGAGGAUGGGAUGUGGAUUACAGUGUCGAGUUCAUACCAAUUGCUCAAGGAAGUUACACAAUCGCAGUCCAAAAAGUGAAGAGAAUCACCGAGUCGGAUACCGAACCGAUUCAUAACUCGUACACAGCAAAAGAAGCAGGGAAAAUGGUACUGUCAGUUGAUAAUUCGUCUUCCAGAAAGAAAAAAGUUGCUGCUUAUCGAUAUUUUGUUCGUAAACCCAUGUUUUAAAUUUAAUUAAAUCCAUCAAAUAAAUUAGUAGUUUAAUUAGUUGUUAAUUAAUUAAUUAGGUUUUGUACUCUUGUGUUUUGAGGAAAUGUAUGGUACUUUAGUUUAGUCCUUUUUUGAUGUAUAAAAAGUUGGAUUAUGGAAUGUGGAUUAUGGGUCUGGUGUCCUUUAAUUAGGACUAAUUAAAAAAGGUGAUUAUCCCAUACUGCUGGCUUUAUGUGUGGGAAAUCAAAUCUAUUUUUCUGAUG